AUCCUAAUGUAUCAGCUAGCCUAUGUUUCAAAUUGCGACGAAUGCUUGCAGAAUGAAUAAGUGGAUCUCCGUUCUUUGACCUGGUGCUGGAAUGUUUUUUUUUCUGGGGUACGGGUUGGACUUUGACUUCUUGAUGCUGCGAAUGUAUGCGUACUUAAACUGGGUAAAAACAAGCUGUGACGAUGGCAGUGGGCGAUAAUUGUACUAUUCUGCUCUCAUAAUGACGAAGCAUGUUAAUUCUUAUGAUAAGAUUAGGAUUUUUAACGUGGCAUCUGGAUCGAAUAUAGUAGCAUUAGAGACAUUGAACGAGAGAGGUUGUCUGCAGAUGAGUGCUUCGAAUCGCAUCAAUGUCAAAGUCCACCAGGGCACCGUUUCUGGUGUGCGGGAGAAGCUACCCAAUGGGAAUGAUUCAUUCGCAUUUCGAGGUAUUCCGUACGCAAAGCCUCCGAUCGGGGCGCUACGGCACAAGGCACCAGAGCCGUUGGACAAGUUUCCAACCCCGGUGUUGGACUGCAGCACCGAACGAGACGUGUGCUUUAGUAGAAACGUGUUCACCCAAGAGAUCGAAGGUUCGGAAGAUUGUCUGUUUCUCAAUGUGUACACACCUGAGUUGGGAAGUGACGGAAAAUUGCUGCCGGUGAUGGUGUUUAUUCAUGGUGGUGCUUUCAUGUUUGGUAGUGGCAACAGUGACUGCUACUCGCCCGAGCAUCUGCUGCAGGAAGGUGUCGUCACAGUUACACUCAACUAUCGGUUAGGUACGCUCGGAUUCUUAUAUCUUCCCAGUCAGGGAAUCGAGGGAAAUGCAGGCCUUAAAGACCAACUGAUGGCUUUGAAAUGGGUCAAUCAGAAUAUUGCCAAGUUUGGUGGAGAUUCUACCAAUGUAACACUUUUCGGUGAGAGUGCUGGUGCAGCGUCGGUGCAUUUGCAUCUGCUAUCGCCUCACUCCAGACAGUAUUUCCACAAAGCCAUCUGUCAGAGCGGAUGUAGUAUCAUGGAAUGGGUUAUGCAACUGAAUCCGGAAGAGAAGGCGAGAACUCUUGCGAAAUUAAUCGGUUGUCCGGGGGAGAGAGAUGAAGAUGUCUUCGAGACUGUAAUGACGGCUUCAACUGAGGACGUAGUUGGACGAAUGUUAGGAGUUAUGACGGAAGACGAAAAGAUUCGUGGAUUGCCGAUGCCGUUUAAGCCGGUUGUAGAGCGUGAGACAGCAAAGGAUGCCAUUGUGACCAAGGCCCCUGUCGAAGUGAUGAAAACUCCUAACAGCCUUUCGAACAUUCCGCUGAUGUUAGGAGUUAACAACCGAGAGGGUACCAUUAUGUUGUUGGAUGCGAUCAAAAAGUUGGAAGUGUAUGAUAAUGAUAUCGCACGACUCAUCCCGCGGACAGUUAACGUAAAUUCUAACACGGUAGCUAGUAAAGAGCUUGGCGCCGAAAUAAAGAAGUUCUAUUUUGGAGAUAAGCGAGUUAGCAAGGAUACUCUGCUUCAAUUAGCUGAUCUGAUGAGUGACUAUCACUUUGGGAUUCUCGCCAAUGUCUGCGCGGAGUUACAUGCAAAGUAUCAGCACCAAUCAUCGUUGUAUUAUUACAACUUUAGCUUCGAUGGCAUGUUGAAUAUGUAUAAAAGAAUGCUUCAGCUCAACGUUCCUGGUGCAUGCCAUGCCGACGAACUAUCCUAUCAGUUUCUCUUCCGUAUGGCUCCUAUUGAGGUGGCGCCAGAUUCUGACGAAGCACGCGUUCGUUACUACAUGUGCCGUAUGUGGACUAACUUCGCAAAGCAUGGGAACCCCACUCCGAUCGACGAUUCGACGUUGCCGUUCCGCUGGAAUCCAGUGGUAAACGUCAAACCCAACUCAAAGGAAGAGUUCCAGCUGGAUUGUCUCGAUAUCACUGCUGAGCCGAAGAUGAUAAAGAAUCCGGACAAGCCUAGAAUCGACUUCUGGAGAGGAGUUUAUAAGCGGUACAAUGAGGAUAUACUGAAAGUAAAACUUAACAACGAGCCAACAGUCGGAAACUACUCUAACUACGAUAGUUCGCUCGGAUCAUUGAGUUUAGAUGGAUCAUUCCUAUAUGAUUUGCAUCUGAAUUUGAUAGUUCGUGGAGGAAAAAUGGAAGAUAAACCACCGAUAGUUCGAACGAAAUUGGGAUAUGUCUCAGGGGUGAAAGCCACUCUUCCAAACGGGACCAGUUGGUAUUGGUACAAAGGAAUACCUUACGCAGAACCUCCGGUUGGAAGUCUACGAUUUAGGCCACCGGUUCCGCUGGAAAAGUUCAAUAGUCAUCCAUUGGAUUGUACCAAAGAAAGGAAUGUGAGUCUCAGUAGCAAUUACAUUCCACCAGACAGUGUCGGAUCAGAGGAUUGCCUGUUUCUGAACGUGUAUACGCCAAGUGCACCUAAUAAUGCGACGGGUGAAAAAAUGCUCCCAGUUAUGGUAUGGAUUCAUGGUGGUGCCUUUUGUAGUGGAAGCGGUGAUUCUUCGAUCUACAAUCCAGAAUACAUGGUGCAGGAAGGAGUCGUGGUUGUGACCUUCAACUAUCGGUUGGGUCCACUCGGAUUUCUGUGCCUACCUUCGGUUGGUAUCCAUGGGAAUAUGGGACUCAAGGAUCAGCGGCUUGUUUUGAAAUGGGUACACGAUAACGUUAGAAGCUUUGGUGGUGACCCUCGAAAUGUUACACUUUUUGGAGAAAGUGCUGGUAGUUGUUCUACCCACAUUCAUUGCCUUAGUGAAGCAUCCGUGAAAUACUUCAGCAAGGCCAUUUUGCAGUCGGGUGUUGCUACUAGUUCUAUGGUGCUGCAGAAAGACCCGGAAGUAAAGGCUCGUCGACUGGCACAAUUCCUCGGUUGUCGGGGGAACACUGACUCGGAGAUUCAUGAAUUUCUGUUGUACAUAUCAGCGGAGGAGAUCGCUAGUAAUCCGAAAGGUUCUUUAACUGAGUAUGAGCAAACAUUAGAUUCCUUUUAUCCUUUCAAACCAGUGAUAGAAGGUACGGAAUCUGAUCAACCAAUAUUAACGGAAAAUAAACUUGAUCUAAUGGGAAAGCCGAGCAGAAUCUCGAUUCCAAUAAUCGUGGGCGUCUGCAGUGAGGAAGCUGCCUAUAAAGUAGAUUCAUUGGCGAAUAAUUUCGAGAGGUAUAGAAGCGAACCAACACGAUUUGUUCCUGAUUCUCUUGAUGUACCUGAGGAUCUCAUGAGAUCGGUAGCCAGCAAAAUUUUAAAGUUUUACUGCGAUAGUUGCGUGCCAACUGUGGACAAAAUUCAUGAACUAACACGAAUAUUUUCGGAUAAUUUCUAUGUUGUUCCCACGUUAUUGGCACUUGAACUAUACAAGAGCUACCAAUACAAAUCAUCUACAUACUUCUACCAGUUUGCUAUUGAAGCUGAGCUGAAUAAAUAUCGCAAGUUAUGGAAGGUACCAGAUGCGUUUCAUGGAGCCUGUCAUGCGGAUGAUUUGUGUUACUUGUUCAGCUCGUCGUUCUUUUUCACGAAAGCAGUCAAACAAGGGUCUCGGGCAGACCGUAUGAGGAAAACCAUGUGUAAAUUAUGGACCAAUUUUGCUAAAACGGGUAACCCUACUCCGGACGGUUCCGAUAUUGGAUUUUUGUGGCAACCAUAUAAUUCUUGUUCGAACGAAAGUACAAAUUGCUUGCUUCUGUCAGAUGAUAUCAAAAUGAUAGAAAAUCCCUUCCGCGAGCGACUACAAUUUUGGAAAGGUAUUUAUAGUCGAUACAAUGGAUCUUUUCUGGAACCAAAGUUUGUAUAGGUGUACAUAAUAUUAUAAUUCCACUUCAGUCCGAUACGCUCCACUAAAGAAAUCUGACAAUUUUAGAUAUAUUACUUGUAAUUUAUUAUGUCUUUAUAUCAAAUAUUGUUUAUUUACCUAA